AUGACUUCCUGGAGAGCUGGCCUCCACAGGGAUCCACUGAAACUCUACUUACCUUGUCAGCACAUCAAGCGGGCUUCUGGAAUGCCUUUAAAGCCAUAUCACAAGCUACAGAAAAAAGAAGCUGCUGUUCUAGAAUUACGGUCAAAUAAAGGCAUGCAUCUGAACAACCAAAGCUCCGUUAAGGAAGAACAGUGUAAUGGCGUAACCAAGAAAUGUUUACCCUCUAGUGAUAAUCAAACCCGCAAACCACUGGGGACAAUAUCUCAGAACACCAUGUGCAAUACCACAUCCGUGAGCCCAUCUAAUGGCUUUGAGACACGUUCAAAGAACGUUUCAAAUGCAUCAAUUCACCAAGGUGAGGAUGGAGGGUGCAACGUGGACAGCUGUGCACUUAUAAAGCCUGGGAAUACCAAGGAAAAGAUCGCCUUCUUUGCAUCUCAUCACUGCAAUAACAGGAACAACUCCAUGAAGAUAAAAAGCACUGGGGACAUGAGCGGAAGAGCUGCUAAACGUAGAAAGAAAUCGGUGGACCUAAAACGUGGAAAACAUCUGGAGAAGGUGCACGAGGUGCAUAAAAUGUGCCUCUUACCUGAGUCUUUCCCAGGGGGAAUUGAAAACUGCUCUUUCCCAGGGGGAAUUGAAAACUGCUCUAUUAAUUAUGUCACUGAUAAUGAUGGAAUUCUCCCCUCUCGCCCUCUUUCUGUAAUAGAGAUGGUAGCUUUUCUAGAGCAAAGGGCAAGCGCAUUACUUUCAGACUGUGCAAAACCUUUUAGCAACUCUCAUCCUUCGAAAUGUGUUGGACCUUCAAAAUGUGGCCACCCAGGUGUUUCCUUGAUGGCACUUGAAGCUAGUGAAGCUGUUUCUGAUAACGAACAUUCUGAGAAGUCAGAACUGGAAUCUGUAUGUGUCUUGGAAAUGGUUGCUAAACUGGAGUCUGAGUGUUUGAGGCACCAGAAUGAACGGGAGUCAGGAGGACUUUCAAGAAGUAACAGCCUAAGGAGGCAUGUUGGGCGAAUGCUGCUUGCCAGUGGCUUGCAACAAGGUGCCAACCAUCCAACCAAGCCUUCCACUGCUCUUGACCCUGAUAAAGACCUUGCUGCUUCUGCUAUGGAAAAUAACAUCCUGCAAAAUAAGAAAGACCUCUGUUCUGUGAAAUCAUGGGAAAACCUUACUUCAGCGAAGCCUCAAGAUUCAGAGACUUUGGCACCUGUAGAAGACUGUUUUGUGGCCAGUGUAGGCUUGGAGAUUGUCAAGGAGACUUAUCUAAAAUUGAUGUAAGGGUGAUAUUGCGGUAACUGUGGAUCCUUGUAAAUUUUCGAUUUCUGUCUGUAUAAAAGCUGUCGAAUGUGUCCCUAAUUCGUUUGAGAGUUCGACUCUCAAUGACCGAGCAGCUGAUAAAAAAGUGGAGGCUACUUCUGACUCCACCGCUCUUAAGGCUGCCAGUGUAUUCAUGAACACAUUGUCACAACAGGAAGUAGGGCACAUACAGGAUAAAGCUUUAACUGGAGACUCUUCUCCAGGGAAAAUAUUUUUUCAGAAUGAUCAAAAAGGUUCAAAACGUGCACAUGGACAGUUCAGUCCUGAAGUGAAGUCUGGGGCAGAGAACCUGGAGAAAAAGUCAUUUGACAAUACUCUGUGUUUGCAGAAUAGCUCAAUGAUUGCACAAUACUCAGUCACUAUAUCUUCACUUGGAAAUGUAACUCAGGUACUUGACUCCUGCUCUGUUAAGAGACAGGUGUCGCAUGAUUUUCUUGAGACCAGAUUCAAAAUUCAGCAGCUGUUGGAGCCUCAGCAGUACAUGGCAUUUUUGCCCCACCACAUCCUGGUGAAGAUCUUUCGUUAUCUUCCCACCCGAACCCUGGCAGCCCUAAAAUGUACCUCUUGCUACUUCAAAUUCAUCAUCGAACAUUACGACAUUCGACCAUGCGACUCGUUGUGGGUUCGGGAUCCUCGUUACAAAGACGACCCUUGCAAACAGUGUAAGAAAAAGUACGCAAAAGGCGACGUCUCACUCUGCCUUUGGCACCCCAAACCUUACUGCCAAGCCUUGCCAUAUGGCCCUGGUUUUUGGAUGUGCUGCCACAUGUCUCAAAAAGAUAGUCGGGGCUGUAAGGUGGGACUUCAUGACAAUCGCUGGGUGCCUGCUUUCCACAGCCUUAACCGAACAGUUUGCAAGAAGUCGGAGUCAGAAUUUGAAGAGGAUUAA